GGCACGGUACCUGCUCAAGAAGACACUGCUGGCUCCGGCGUGGAAGAUGUCCAAGGGAGCGUGCUCAGCCUAGCGAGUCUAGAGGGGCUCAGUGUCGAGGAAGGGGGCAUGAUAAUGAGUUCGGCGGGGCAGCCGAUUGGGGAGGUGGUCGAGGGAGAUCCCGACGACCUUGUCGGCCAGACUGUCGGCAAAAAUGGAGAAAUUCUGGAUGAAGAUGGGGAUCUAAUCGGACGUGUUCAACUCCUGGAGAAGGAGGCAGAACCAGCGUCCGGAGAAACCCUCGAUGCGGGGACAUCUGAGCAGGGUGAAAGCCUUCCAGACAUGCCCACUUCCGAAGAGGGGGAUUCUCAAGAUGAGGGGGGACAAGAAGAAGCCCAGGAAGGGAUCAAGAUGGAGGACGCCACUGCUCCAACCGAGCCCGAUCAACCUGGGGAAGAGGCACAGGCAAGCGACGCAGAUCAGUCUUUGGAAGAGCCCCCAGCAAGCGAAGCGGACCAGACUUUACAGGAGCAAGAGCCAGGCGAAAAAGAAGAAGUCGCCGGCGAAGGGCUUGCAGUCGCGGGGUCUGCGCAGGACCAGGAGGGUCAAGAAGGAGCGGAAGAGGAACUAACAGGAGAUAAAGAAGUGGGAGCGGGAGUGGAAGAGGGAGCCGGAGAAGGAGUUGAAGAAGAAGAAGGGGUGGGAGAAGAAGGAGUCGGUGAAGAAGGAGUCGGAGCAGAAGGAGUCGGUGAAGAAGGAGUCGGAGAGGAAGGAGUCGGAGCAGAAGGAGUCGGUGAAGAAAAAGUCGGAGAGGAAGGCGUCGGAGAAGAAGGGGUGGGAGAAGAAGAAGCACGGGAGGAGGGUGGAGAAGAAGGGGAGGAGGGAGAAGAAGAAGAAGCUCCAAAACUACCAGACAUCUCCACCCUCGAAGGGCUCACCUGCACCAAGUUUGGAGGCAUCGUUGAUUCCAAAGGUGCCCUCGUUGGCGAGCUGAUCGAGGGUGAUGCCAAGAAGAUCUUCCGUGGAAAGUAUCAGCUUGAUGAUCAAGGCCAGUUCUGGGACCAGCGCGGGAAGGUUGUGGGCAAGGCGAGGCCUCUCCCGGUCGAGGAAGAGGAGCUUGGUCCGUUCGCCGACCUGGGUGAUCUGCAUGUGGACGAGGACGGGUGGGUCGUGAAUGAAGAGGGCCGACGGGUAGGCCAGGUGGUCGAAGGGGACGCGCGGAAACUUCGCGGGCGUGCAGUCGACGAGGAUGGCGAUAUUCUGGAUCGGCGAGGAAAUCCGUUGGGCCGUGCAGAGCCGUGGGAAGAGCCAUCAGAGGCCGAGGCCGAGGAGGCCGAGGAGCCAGAGGAAGAAGGAGAGGAUCUGUCGAUCUUAGCCGGUAAAAAGGUGAAUAAGCUAGGCAACAUUGUCGACGAUGCCGGUGUGGUGUAUGGAAGGCUGGUGACCGGGAAUCCACGCAAGCUGGCUGGCAAGUCAGUGGAUGAAGAAGGUCGAGUGUGGGACUCGGCAGGCCGCGUCGUCGGCCAGGCAGAGCUGCUCCCAGCUGAAGAACGAGACCGGCCUGAGGGACCCUUCUCCGGCCUCGAAGGCUUGGUGGUGGGCAAGGAUGGGUUGGUGAUCGAUGAGAACGGUGACACCGUCGGGCGCCUAGUGAGUGGUGAUCCUCAGCGUCUUCGUGGACGUGCUGUCGAUGAAGACGGUGAGAUUCUCGAUAAGUCGGGCAAUGCAGUCGGUCAGGCUGAACCGUGGACCCCUGAAGAGCCAACUCGCAAUGUCAGCCCCAUGGCGGGUCGGAAAGUGAACCGCGAUGGCGAGGUCCGUGAUGAGGAUGGCAAUGUGAUCGGCAAGCUGACCCAAGGCGAACUCUCCAACUUGAUCGGUCGGACUGUCGAUGAAAACGGCUAUGUGGUUGACAAUGAUGGCAACAAGAUCGGUGAAUGCACUCUCUUGGAGAACAUUCCCCCUGAGCCGGAGCCGGAGCCGGAGCCGGAGCCGGAGCUGUCUCCUGAAGAACUUGAACAACAGGCCCGUGAAAAAAGGGAUAGAGAGCUGGCGAAGAAGAUGGCUUCCAUUGUACAGCAGACGCUGGACACGAUUGAGCCCUUGUGCAAACAGAUCACUCAGCAUAUCGAGCGAGCCAAUAGCACUCCCAAAGAGGAGCUAGACGAAGAGCAACUUGUGAAGCAAGUCAAGCCGUUGAUCGAAGAUGCCGGCAAUAUCUUGCAGGAGUGCAAAGGUGCUCUCCGAGCCUUGGACCCCGAUGGUCAGAUUGCUGCUCAAGCCAAAGCACGCAGUGCAUCGGCAGAAGCUAGCCCCGAGGAGCACCAUUUGGCUGAGGUGCUCAAAGAGCUGACUCGGGUGGUGGGAGAAACGAUCGAGAAAGGAAAGGCUCUGAUCGCCGACAUGCCCCAUGCUAAGAAGAAGAUCAAUCCGCUGUGGGCUUUGUUGUCCGAGCCCCUGGUUCAGAUCAUCGCCGCGGUGGGCCUCCUGCUGAGUGGUGUGCUCGGUCUAGUUGGUAAACUACUCAACGGACUCGGACUGGGGAAUCUCCUCUCGGGCUUGCUGGGUGGCUUGGGGGUCGACAAGCUGCUGGAAGGGCUGGGCUUGGGGAAAAUAACAGAGGGGCUGGGGCUUGGUGGUAAGAAGUGA